AUCCAUAAGCUUCCUCCGCCCACAUACUCCCAGACUCCGCUAUCUCAUAGUUCACCCUCAUUCAUCAAGGUAGCGCAAUGAACGAUGACGACGAUAAGGACCAGUCACUUCACGAACUCAGCCUAGGCCACGGAGCAUCUAUCAUCUCGCAGCUCGUCGAUAUAGGCAGCGAGCAAAAUCAACAAAGACACACCAAGUUCCGUCCCUUCGUCAGCCGCCUCCAGUGUCUCCGGCCGCAAGGCAGGGAGCUGCGCCGCACGUCAAUCAACGCCUUUCACGAGCAACAAUAUGUCGCGCUAUCAUAUACCUGGGAGCCUUCAGAGUACGAAGAUCCUUGCAAUGGGCGGUACCGCGUUGAGGGCUGGGAUGUCAACCGUCUCAAACUUUCGGCAGUUCGAAAUUGCGUUCUUGAUCGCGUCCUCAGCUACAUGCGCUACGCCAAAGUUCAGUUCCUCUGGAUCGACGCUGAAUGCAUCUACCAAGACACGUGCGACGAUGUUGCCGCUUGCACCAGCCACCGCCGUUGCACUCAGAAGCGUGAUGCUCUACAAGCUAUGGACCUCGUCUACCGGCUCAGCAAGCACCCCGUUGCGCUAUUAGCCCGUCCCCUGCAAACGGAAUUCGAGCUGGACCUCCUGACAGACAUCCUCUCGGGGCAUCUCGUCGACGGCGACUGUAACUUUCGGCUCUCGCGACCGACUACCGUCGACAAAGCGACCGAGGCCUUGUCGCUACUUGGCGAGAUCACCCGGGACAUUUGGUGGAGCCGUGCCUGGACUUUCCAGGAGAACUAUCACGGCGGAGACCGAAUGCGGCUGCUGAUCCGCCAUGAUCAAUCACUAGAGCGGCAAAAGCUGCGAGUACGCCAUGGGAUAUUUGGUGAGAUACCGGGCGAGUUGUGCGUGUGGUCCGUCGCCUUCUCCACAGAGGCGACGCGCCUGUGCCUGGCGCUCCGCGGUGCAGGGGUAGAACUGCGGCCGGAUGACGUCCGCCGGAUCGACGACGUGCUUCGAGCGGCUACGAGGUAUACAGCGGUGCUGCACGAGUCGAGCACAAUGACACCGGCAGUAGUCACUGACAUCGAGGCGCGUGGGUUGUCAAAGCCGUGGGACCGGCUUGCUAUUCUUGCAAAUUGCUGUCAAUACCCGGUGCGGUUGGAUUGUGAAGCUCUCAGCAAGCAGUAUCAUAGCCUAAGUUUGUCGGUGCUGGCCAUGUGUUUACUCAAUGGCGAGAUUCUCGACAAUAACGACAGCAGCCUGGAGCUGGUGGCCCCGCUAACGACAUCGGGGUUUCUUAAAAGAAAGCUGUUUGGAGCAUUCAGCGCGCCAGAAGACGACCCCAGGCGGCUAUCAUUCAACAAGGGCUGCCGACUGACCGACGUGAAGCUAACAGUGGGUGGUAUCUUGACAAAGGGGCACUUGUGGAAAUUAAGCCAUGUUAUUGACACCUCCAUGUUUCGGAAGAAGCUGCCCUGGAUCAACAACCCGAGCGGUCGACUAAAACCGAACCAGCGGAGGCGUCUACUACAGCUGGUUUACCGCUUAAAUAAACUUAAACACUACCCUCUCGCUGGCCAGAUGGACGAAUAUCUUGCCACCGACGCCAAAUCUAACGCUAAGAAGGCCUAUACCCCCUUUACUGAGAAUUAUCUCCACUGCAUGGCCGCUGAAAUAGCAGCAGCGAUUAAGGCGUGCCGAAAACUGAGGUUAGGCAGCAUAUGGUGCCCGACGAGGCGGUCGCCCUACAGCGCAGUCUUUGUGUGGCCUGAUAAAGACGAGGACGAGGACGAGGCGCAUCCACCGCCGGCGUUCGUCUUCACCUCGGCAUGGUUCCGCGAUCCGGGCUCAAAGACUUACGAAGCCAACGACAUCGACCGCCACGUCUCGCUUGAGGUUAGCCUCGAGGAGGCCCUCGACGGCACCGGUGUCCCACACCUCCGUGUCCGCAGGUCCCUGCUCGGCAUGUGCUUCUUCCACGGGUACCCACGCACCAAAGUUGUGUUUCCCUGGCCGCGAGCGCUCCAAGCAGUUAAGCCUUAGUACAAGGCCUACUCGUACUAGUAGUGAGGAGUAAAAGUACCCAUGAUAGUCGGUAUUAACCUCACUACAUGUAAUUAGCCAACGUUCUAAUAUAUGAUAAUUCUCAUUUCUUCGUCUGCUUUUAUAUGUUAGCCGGUCGCCAAAGCUGCAGUUCUAAAUAAACAUCUUUUCCGUUAUGUAUAUGUACAAUAGACAGUAUCCAAUUAGGUAGCGUAUGGUGUCGAGUAAUGGGCUGAGCUCAAAACUGGAAGACCAUUGGUUCAGUUCAAAG